AUGGCCCCCUCGACCAGAACUGAGACUCUGCGCGCCCUGGUCCAACUCCUCGUUGACACCUCGGAGCUGGUCAUCAAGGAAUGGGAGAUGGAGGAACAGCACAUCAGCUACUCGGAUCUUCCGACGUCUCGCUUGCCAUCGCACGAGCUGUACGAAGCGCGUCGCAUCAUUCGCGGGGCAUGCGGCAUGUGUGUCGACCUCAUUGAGGAUCCCCACGUUCGCAUUCUUGAGGUUGCAACGACCUUCGCGAUGGCCCAGGCGCUCGACACGACGGUACGCGCAGGAGUACCCGACAUACUGGCGGAGGCAGAACUACCUAACGGAGUCUCUGCCGAAGAGCUCAGCAGACGGACGGGCAUCGACGAGAGGAAGCUUGUGAGAGUGAUGCAUGUGCUCUGCAGCAACGGCAUCUACAACGAGGUGAAGCCGUUGCAGUUCGCAAAUACGCGGCUGAGUCGCAUCCUCGCUGGCAAUCCUCCCGCAAAGGCAGCCCAGCUGAUCUUGUAUGUCGCCAGCGCCCACUUGCCUGCGGUAUUGCUCGACCGGAACAUGACAAGCGCUACAUCCAACACGGACAGCGCGUUCCAGAAGGCACACGGAGACGAGCGAACAUUAUGGGAUCAUAUCGAGACGGGGGAUGAAUCCGAUCCCGCCGUCCGGGAGAUGCGUGGGAUGUUUCCACUUGCGAUGGUCGGUCUAGGACAAAUGAACUCGCCCGCGCUCAUCGCUGACUUCCCGUGGGCUUCGCUAGGGGAGGCUACCGUUGUAGACGUCGGAGGUGGCGUGGGCAGCAUGUGUCUUGAGCUGGUCAAGUUGUUUCCAGACUUACACUUCGUGGUCGAAGACCUCCCUGCCACCAUUGGAGAAGCAAAGGUUACGUGGGAUGCUGAGAUGCCGGGCUUCAUCCAGAGUGGACGGGUGCAGCUGAUCACACACGACUUCUUUGAAGUACAACCUGUCAGGGGCGCAGCUGUGUAUUUCCUGCGCUACAUCAUCCAUGAUUGGCCGGACGACCAGUGCACGACAAUACUCAGUAGGCUGCGGGAUGCCCUAGGUCCAGAUUCGCGUAUCCUCGUCGCAGACAUGAUCAUGCACCCCCCCUUGGGUUCGACGCACCUCAAGUCUGCUCCGGCGCCGCUGCCCGCGAAUUACGGCAAUGCGAAUGCGCUCAAGGGAAUGUUCGACAUGUUGAUGCUCUCCUUGUUUAACAGCACCGAGCGUACGCCCGAACAGCUCAGCGCGCUCGCGAACGGAGCCGGACUGAAGGUUGAGAAGAUAUGGGAGUGUCGCGGUGCCCUUAGCAUCACUGAGCUUCGGAAGAUGUGA